AUGGGAAAUAAUGCUGGUUCACUAAAGAGAGAUUUUAUCAUUGGAUCACCAUUAAACAUUAAAAAUGCUUUAUGGGAUUCAAUAAAUCAUUGUCAAAAAUUUGAAGUCAAAGAUACAAAGAAAUCUUUGGGGAAAAAUUAUCUUAUAUUUAUUAAAAAUUUUCCAUCAAAAUCACAAUCAACCAUUCAGUAUCUUACUUGCCAAAAAGCUAUUCAGAAUUUAAAAUUACUACGGCAUCCUUAUAUUUUGGAGUAUGUAUAUUCAAUUGUUAUGCCUACGCAAAUAGUUUUAGUUACUGAAGAUGCAAAAGAUUUGACAAGUUCACUAGUUUCACUUAGUGGAUUUGAUGUCCUUACAGGUGUAUAUCAUAUUUUAGAAGCUCUUGUUUUUCUAGAGACUAAAGCAGGUAUGAGACAUAAUUCAGUGUGCCUUGAAAAUAUAUUUGUCCUAAGAAAUUGUCAUUGGGUUUUGGGUGGUUUAGAAUAUGCAGCAAAAAUUGAAGAUUCUCAGAAUGUUCCAAAGACUGAUAUAAAAGGAUUUGGAAGUAUACUAGAAUUUUGUUUUAGAACAAUGGUUAAUAUAAUGAAUGAAAAAUCUAGAGAUUCUAUGGAAGAUUUAAUAUCUAAAAUAAAUACUGAUGAAAUUGUAACUUUUGAUGAAAUAUAUAAUAAUUAUCAAGAUGCUUUCAAUAAUAAUUUAGUUAUAAUUGAAAAAUUCCUCAUGAAUUUGCCUUUAAAAACAAUUGAUGAAAAGGAAGCUUUUUUUUCAAAUAUAAUAAAUGAUUUAAAAACAAUUCCAAAUCAAAUUAUUGGGGAAAGACUUUUAAAAUCAUUUCUAAAUCCAUAUAUGCGAUUAGAACCACUUGCGCAUAAGGGGUUUUAUGACCAUUUUUUUAAAAGUGCCGAAGAUGGUGGAAUAUUGACUCUUACCAACUAUAAAAUGUAUUUAAUACCAGCCUUAUUAAAUGAAUUUAAUGUUUAUGAAAUUGGAAAGCGCAUAUUUUUAUUAAAUUACUUUGAGAUAUAUAUAAAAUAUUUAGAUAGUGAAACUUUAGAAAAAAAAAUAUUACCACAACUACAAAUUGGGUUAAAAGAUAUAAAUGUGGAAAUUGUUUCUAAGACAUAUAAGGCACUGGGAUCGUUAGUAUCUUUAGUUGGUGUAGAAUUAGUUACAGGAAACAAACCAAAAAAACUUUUUGCUGAUGGAAGGCUUAAAAAUAUAAAUCCAAAUUUUGAUAAUAACUACUUACAAACAUUACAAUGUAAUAAAGAGAUACCUAAUGAAAUUAAGGAAUAUAAUACUACAAUUGAUUUACCUAAUAUAGAUAAAACAAAACAUUUGCAUACUAUAAGAGAAAACAUAAAUUCAUCAGUAGCACCAAAAUCUAGUACAAAUUCAAAGUCAUCUACACCAAUUGAACCUCCUGAGAUAGAUUAUUUUGCCGAUAUGGAGCCUGAAAUAGAAGCAGGACCAACAUUAGAUGACAUUUUUAUGCAACGUGCUGCUAUUGAAGGGGUAAUAUUAAAAACGGAUAAUAAUAAAGAAAAACUGUCUUCAAAGUUUGCUAUUUCAAUGACAGAGACAGAUGAAACAUUAGCUGAAGAUGCAUGGUUAUCAGAUUCCGAAGAUUUACUAAAAAAUACUACAUGUUAA